UUGCCUACGUCCAAACAGCCCGCCGCAACCAACACUACCGCCGUCUCUUCCCCCUCAACGGCUUCACUUACCUUCAAUCAGUCGCAGAGCCUUGUUGACUCCCCUCCUCGAGGUCUCUCUGCGGCCAGCUCCAUCCUCCGAAUCUCCUCAAGUGUAGCUUGUCUCGUCACAGGUCCUCUUGAACAGGUGGGCCGAUUGUUGAGAAGCCGACUCAGCCAGUUCUCCUCCGGCUCCCGGUCCCCUGCCCCCACUCCGCCGCCUUCAGCCUCAAGUAAUCUGGCCACCAGAACUUUGUUAAAGCCCUCCUCUCGACCUCCUUCCUCCAUUUCCAUCACCUCCUCCUGCUCUGCCUCUGCCUUCUCCUCGUUGCAUGCUCCAAACCAGUCGUCUGCCUACUUGGACCGAUCUUCAGCCGCCCUUGCGCCUCGGCGUGACAAUCUGCCCAAUCUCGUCUGGCCCGGGUCCUGUUCACAUUUUGCUCAGGGCUCGAGCCCAAUUUCUGCGUCGACGUCGCCAGGCUGUAUGAUGCAUCGAAGCCAUACUUCUGCCUCAACUGGCCCCCACCAAUUAGAAGGGAAUUCAGCUCCUUCGCCAGCCUCCAUCUUUUCCAGUGCAUCUCCAUCUCAUUCAUCUUCUCGACAUAAUGCCAACAGAUCUUCAAUCUCUUCUUCCUUUUGUCUAGCCUCGGAAAACUCGCCCCCAGCCUCAAUUGGCCACUUGGCUGGACCUACAUCUCAUUCGGUUGCUGGUACAACCCCAGCCUCUGCGGCUGUCGCGUUUGCUGCAGCUUUAGCCGCCACAAUGGCCGAGCUGUCUCGACCCCGAGUCCGGCGCCAGAGGUUCUACUCUUUGCAGACCACACUGUCUGCAAUGUUUACUGGUGGUGGCGGCUAUAACAUUGAAGCGAAUGCCGAAGCUCUAGGCCAAUCUAACUGUCCGUCAUGGCAACAUGGGUUCAGAUUUUCUCACCAGUACACCCAACAACAGACUGUACGGGCUCCGCAACUACGUCUUGGCACGAACCAGCCUCCUUUUUUUCAGGUAAUCUCAAGAUUCAAACUUGAUUUAUUCUGGCAUUUGAAGCCGAUAUGA